AUGUAUCGUUUCUUUGUGAAACUAACAUUUCUGCUUUCAGCUGUCGUCGCGUCAGAAGGUUUAAAAUGCUCGUUACCAACUGAAUCCUGCCUCAAUGGAGGAUGGUGUGAGCCCUCCAAUGGGAAUGGCGAGUGCAGGUGUCCGAGCGACUAUGUGGGCAACAGGUGCCAGUUCCCAAGUCCUUGCAGCCCCUCGCCGUGCCGGAACGGAGGUGAAUGCCGUCCGGUCGUCCACGGCAACACUUUCGAUUUCCACUGCGUUUGUCGAAUGGGUUUCUCGGACCGCCUUUGCCUGACUCCUACCAACCACGCCUGCAUGAGCUCUCCCUGUCGAAAUGGAGGAACAUGCGACCUCAUCACCCUGUCGUCCUACCGAUGCCGCUGUCCGCCCGGCUGGUCUGGUAAAACAUGCCACAUCGCCAAUCCCUGUGCCUCCAACCCUUGUGCCAACGGCGGCCAGUGCUCCGCCUUUGACUCCACCUUCAUCUGCACCUGCCCACCGUCCUUCCACGGCAAAACCUGCAAACAGGACGUCAACGAGUGCGCUCAGAUGCCCGCUCCCUGUCAGAACGGCGGCGUCUGUGUGAACGAGGUGGGCUCCUACCACUGCCGCUGCCCUCAACGCUAUUCCGGCCCACACUGCGAGACCCUGUACAUGCCAUGCAGCCCCUCGCCGUGCCAGAACGGAGGCACCUGUGUACCGAAGGGAGAGACCACCUAUGACUGCAGCUGCCUGCCAGGCUUCACUGGUCCUCACUGUGAACACAACAUUGACGACUGUCCCGGCCACAACUGUCAGAACGGUGGAAUCUGUGUCGAUGGAGUGAACACCUACAACUGCCAGUGUCCGCCUCACUACACAGGUCAAUUCUGCACCGAAAAUGUGGAUGAAUGUGAGUUGAUGCCCAACGCGUGUCAGAAUGGAGGCACCUGUCACGACACUCAUGGGAGCUACCACUGCGUCUGCGUGAACGGCUGGACGGGAGACGACUGCAGCGAGAACAUCGAUGAUUGUGCCAGCGCUGCGUGUUAUCACGGGGCCACCUGCCAUGACCGAGUCGCCUCCUUCUUCUGCGAAUGCCCACACGGACGAACAGGAUUACUGUGCCACCUCGACGAUGCCUGUAUCAGCAACCCAUGUCAAAAGGGCUCCAACUGUGACACCAACCCAGUCAACGGCAAGGCCAUCUGUACCUGUCCUCCUGGCUACACCGGAUCCGCCUGUAACUUGGACAUCGAUGAGUGCUCUCUUGGAGCCAACCCAUGUGAGCACGGUGGUCGUUGCCUCAACACUAAAGGAUCUUUCCAGUGCAAAUGUCUUCAAGGAUACGAAGGGCCGCGCUGUGAGAUGGACGUCAACGAGUGCAUGUCCAACCCCUGUUUUAACGAUGCCACUUGUUUGGAUCAGAUCGGGGGCUUUCAUUGUAUCUGUAUGCCAGGAUACGAAGGCGUAUUUUGCCACAUCAACACAGACGAAUGCGCCAGCCAACCGUGUCUCAACAGCGGCAAAUGCGUCGACAAGAUCAACUCGUUCCACUGCGACUGUCUAAAAGGUUUUUCGGGUCAUCUUUGCCAAGUGGACAUUGACGAAUGCGCAAGUACUCCAUGCAAGAAUGGGGGAAAGUGCACGGAUGGUCCCAAUAAGUAUACAUGCGAGUGCGCAGAAGGUUACACUGGACAGCACUGUGAGGUUGAUAUCAACGAGUGCUACUCUGACCCCUGCCAUUACGGGACCUGUAAAGAUGGACUGGCCUCAUUCACCUGCUACUGUCGACCUGGUUACACUGGCCGCUUGUGCGAAACCAACAUCAAUGAAUGCCUCAGCCAGCCAUGCAAGAACGGUGGAACUUGUCAGGACAGAGAGAACACAUACAUUUGUUCUUGCCCCAAAGGAACCGCUGGUUUCAACUGUGAAAUAAACCUUGAUGACUGCAAGAGCCAGCCGUGUGAUUAUGGAAGAUGCAUUGACAAAAUCAAUGGCUAUGAAUGCGCCUGCGAGCCCGGCUACACAGGCUCCAUGUGUAACAUCAACAUUGAUGAUUGUGCCAUCAACCCCUGUCACAAUGGAGGCACCUGUAUCGACGGCAUCAACAGCUUCACCUGCCUCUGCCCCGAGGGCUACAACGAUGUGACCUGUUUGUCCCAAGUGGAUGAGUGCGGCAGCAACCCCUGCAUCCACGGUCGCUGCCAGGAUCUUGUCAAUGGAUACAAAUGCACCUGUGACUCUGGAUGGAGCGGACACAACUGUGACAUCAAUAACAACGAGUGCGAGUCGAACCCGUGCAUGAACGGUGGAACCUGCAAAGACAUGACCAGCGGCUACCACUGCACCUGCAGAGCGGGCUUCACCGGUCCUAACUGUCAAACUAACAUCAAUGAGUGCGCCUCCAACCCAUGUCUGAACCAGGGCACGUGCAUUGAUGAUGUGGCUGGAUAUAAGUGCAACUGUCUGCUUCCUUAUACUGGCGACAAUUGUGAAAUCCUGCUGGCUCCAUGCAGUCCCAGACCUUGCAAAAACGGUGGCGUAUGUAAAGAAGCUGAAGACUAUCAAAGCUUUUCUUGCAUCUGCCCAGAAGGAUGGCAAGGUCAAACAUGUGAAAUUGAUAUUAACGAGUGUGUGAAGAGUCCGUGUCGCAAUGGAGCCUUCUGCCAAAACACCAUGGGAGGCUAUCAGUGCAAGUGCCAGCCUGGAUACACGGGGCAGAAGUGCGAAACUGACAUUGACGACUGCAAACCGAACCCCUGUAGUAACGGAGGCUUGUGCCGAGACGGAAUCAACACGUUCACUUGCACCUGCCUGCCUGGCUUCAACGGGGGGCGCUGUGAGCAGGACAUCAACGAGUGUGAGAGUAACCCGUGUAAGAACGGAGCCAACUGCACCGACUGCGUGAACAGCUACACCUGCACCUGUCGACCCGGCUUCAGCGGCAUCAACUGCGAGAUCAACACCAACGACUGCACUGACAGCUCUUGUUUUAAUGGAGGCACCUGCGUGGACGGUAUCAACGCCUUCACCUGUCUGUGUUUGCCCGGCUUUACUGGCAGCUAUUGCCAAUACGACAUUAACGAGUGCGACUCCAAACCGUGCUUGAACGGAGGCAGCUGUCUGGAUAGUUAUGGCACCUACAAGUGCACCUGCCCUCACGGUUACACAGGGAUCAACUGCCAGAAUCUGGUGCGAUGGUGUGAGUCCUCUCCCUGUAAGAAUGGAGGGUCGUGUUGGCAGAAAGGAGCCUCUUACACCUGUCAGUGUCAGACUGGGUGGACCGGGCUUUACUGUGACGUCCCAAGUGUGUCCUGCGAUGUAGCUGCUAAACGGCAAGGAAUCGACGUGGCUCAGUUGUGCAGAAACUCAGGCCAAUGUCUGGAUGCUGGUAACACACACUACUGCCGCUGCCAGGCAGGCUACACCGGGAGCUACUGCCAAGAGCAAGUGGACGAGUGCUCCCCCAAUCCAUGCCAGAACGGGGCCUCAUGCACAGACUAUCUGGGAGGUUACAGCUGUGAGUGCCUUCCGGGUUACCAUGGCGUCAACUGCUCCAAGGAAAUCAACGAAUGCCAGUCCCAGCCCUGUCAAAAUGGAGGAACAUGCAUCGAUCUGGUCAAUACAUACAAAUGUUCUUGUCCGAGGGGAACGCAAGGAGUUCACUGUGAGAUUAAUUUGGACGACUGCAACCCUUCCACUGACCCAUUAACCAACGAGCCCAAGUGUUUCAACAACGGCAAAUGCGUGGACCGAAUCGGAGGCUACCAGUGCGUUUGUCCGCCGGGUUACGUGGGAGAGCGCUGCGAGGGGGACGUGAACGAGUGCUUAUCGGACCCCUGCGACCCCCGAGGUUCCUACAACUGCAUCCAGCUCACAAACAGUUACCGCUGCGAGUGCCGCACUGGGUACACAGGUCAACGCUGCGACAAGGUGUUUGAUGGGUGUAAAGGACGGCCGUGUAGAAAUGGAGGCAGUUGUGCGGUCGCUAGUAACACUCCCCAUGGAUUUAUCUGCAAAUGUCCUCCUGGUUUCACGGGGUCUUCCUGCGAGUAUGAUUCUCGCUUGUGCGGCAGUCUGAAUUGUCGAAAUGGCGGUACAUGCGUGUCCGGACAUCUGGGCCCACGCUGUCUCUGUCCUUCCAAGUUCACUGGCCCCGAGUGCCAAACUCCCAGUGACAGCCUCUGCUUCUCAAAUCCCUGCUACAACGGCGGAACCUGUCAGAUCACACUGGAGGCUCCAUUCUUCCAGUGCAGCUGCCCCAACCACUUCAAUGGCCUCCUGUGUCACAUCCUUGAUUACUCCUUCACUGGGGGUUUUGGCCGGGACAUCACUCCUCCUCCGGAAGUGGAGGUGAGCUGUGAGAUUCCACAGUGUGAUGAGUGGGCGGGAAACCACAUCUGCGACUCUCUGUGCAACAACCACGCGUGCGGAUGGGAUGGAGGAGACUGCUCCCUAAAUUUUGAUGAUCCUUGGCAAAACUGCUCUGCCGCUCUACAGUGUUGGAGAUAUUUUAAUGAUGGGAAGUGCGAUGGUCAGUGUAACAGCCCUGGGUGCCUUUAUGAUGGCUUUGAUUGCCAAGGACAGGAAGGCCAGUGCAACCCCCUGUAUGACCAAUACUGUAAAGACCAUUACGCUGAUGGCCACUGUGACCAAGGCUGUAACAAUGCUGAGUGUGAAUGGGAUGGACUGGACUGUGCCAACAACAUGCCAGAGAAGCUUGCGGAUGGGCACCUGGUUCUGGUCGUCCAUAUUCCUCCGGAGGAACUCAAGAAUCGAUCGUCCACGUUCCUCCGAGAGCUCAGCAGUGUCCUCCACACCAACGUUGUUUUCCGACGUGAUGCCAAAGGGGAACCAAUGAUCUUUCCCUAUUAUGGUAAUGAGCAAGAUCUGGUGAAACAUAAUGUGCUGAAGAGAUCCACUGAAGGGUGGCCAGAGUGGACCUCUGUUCCUGCAAAUGUCUUUGAUCAAGUGACAGACAGCUUGUCCUCCAUGGUCAACUCAAGAAAACGCAGAGAAUUGGAUCCUUUGCAAACCAAAGGGUCUGUGGUCUAUCUGGAGAUUGACAACCGUCAGUGUUAUCAGCAGUCCUCUGAAUGCUUCCAAAGUGCCACUGAUGUUGCAGCUUUCCUUGGUGCUUUAGCCUCAAGUGGAAACCUAAAUGUUCCCUAUAUCGAAGCAGUUACAAGUGUGAAACCCUCUGCUCCGAGCUCUGAGCUCUUCACUGUGUACGUGGUGAUAAUGGGACUGGCAGCCGUAGGUUUCAUCGGCCUUGGUGUUCUGGUGACCCGUAAACGGCGCAGAGAACAUGGUCAUCUCUGGUUUCCAGAUGGAUUCAAAGUUUCUGAGCCCAGCAAAAAGAAACGACGAGAGCCUGUUGGAGAGGAUUCAGUUGGCCUAAGACCAAUGAAAAUUGCUGAUAUAAACCUUAUGGAUGACAAUCAAAAUGAGUGGGACGAUGAGGACCCAGACUGUCGCCGAUUUAAAUUUGAAGAACAAGCAAUGCUAGAUUUGAGUGACCACACGGAUCAAAGGAAAUGGACGCAGCAGCACCUCGAUGCCGCUGAUCUGCGUGUUGCAUCUAUCGCUCCUACUCCUCCUCAGGGAGAGAUUGAAAACGACUGCUUGGACGUCAAUGUCAGAGGACCAGAUGGUUUCACUCCGCUGAUGAUUGCCUCAUGCAGUGGAGGUGGACUAGAAACUGGUAACGAAGAAGAGGACGAGGAUCCUUCAGCUGAGAUCAUAACCGACUUCAUAUAUCAAGGAGCGAACCUCCACAACCAGACCGACCGCACCGGUGAAACGGCGCUCCACCUGGCUGCACGUUACGCUCGCUCUGAUGCGGCGAAACGUCUCCUGGAAUCCAGCGCUGACGCAAACGUUCAGGACAAUAUGGGCCGCACACCUCUUCACGCUGCUGUGGCUGCCGAUGCUCAAGGCGUCUUUCAGAUUUUAAUCAGAAACCGCGCCACUGAUCUUGAUGCACGAAUGAACGACGGAACAACUCCUUUGAUUCUUGCUGCACGUUUGGCGGUUGAGGGCAUGGUUGACGAGUUGAUCAACUGCCAUGCGGAUGCCAAUGCCACUGAUGACUCUGGUAAAUCUGCUCUUCACUGGGCUGCUGCUGUAAAUAAUGUCGAGGCUGCUAUGGUGCUGCUAAAGAACGGUGCCAACAAAGACAUGCAAGACAACAAGGAAGAAACGCCGUUGUUCCUGGCAGCCCGGGAAGGGAGUUACGAGACUGCAAAAGUUCUUCUGGAGCAUUUCGCCAACCGUGAGAUCACCGACCAUCUCGACCAGCUGCCGAAAGACAUUGCCCAGGAACGAAUGCAUCACGAUAUCGUCCGCCUUCUGGAUGAGUACAACGUGGUCAGGAGUCCAGGUCUUCACAGUGCGCCCAUGAGCAACGCCAGCCUGUCCCCGCCUCUUUGCUCUCCCAAUGACUUUUUAGGCAAUCUUAAGCCAAACCUUUCAGGCAAAAAGGUCCGCAAAGUUAACAACGGUAAAGGAGGCAAAGACGUAAACAAGGACAACAGAAUUAAGAAGAAGAAAUCUGACGGGAAGGGUAGCUUGCUCGACACAUCUGCGGUGCUCUCUCCAGUUGAGUCUCUCGAGUCUCCCAAUGCCUACCUGUCUGACGUUGCCUCUCCUCCCAUAACGUCCCCAUACCACCAGUCGCCUCCGCUCUCUCUCAAUCAGCUGCAGGGAGAGAGUAACCUUAGUCAGAUGGGACUAACCUUCGACGCAAACCCUCCACGUCUGUCUCACAUGCCCGUGUCGAGUCCCAACGGUCAGGGCACAAUGGGGGGUAACAGAGGAGGGCAGUGCGACUGGCUCUCCAGGAUGCAUCCGGGAGUGGGCCAGCAGGGCGGCUUCACUCAGUCACCUCAAAUGUCUCACAAUAUGAUGGGUGCAAUGCAUGGCGUCAACACCGCUACGCUGUCUCAAAUCAUGGGGUAUCAGGGUUUGCAGAACGGCCACCUGGGCUCGUCCGUACACGCCAUGCACACGGCUCAACUGCGGCAACUUCAACAUCAAAACUCCAGCUCUGCCACCACGAUUCAACCGCCGGGCCAGAACUUCCCCGGCCUGGAGUUGACUAGUCCCGAUGUGCCAAACAAUGCCCAAGGUCGCUCCAUGACCAUCCAUACGGUCAUGCCCCAAGAGACGCAGAUUCUGGGCACGCAGUUUCUCACGCCUCCCUCUCAGCACAGCUACUCUGGCCCAAUGGACAACACGCCGAAUCACCAGCUCCAGGUGCCGGACCACCCAUUCCUCACCCCGUCCCCUGGUUCUCCUGACCAGUGGUCUAGCUGCUCUCCACAUUCCAACAUGAUGGAUGUAGCCGCUGACACUGGAGGGAUGGAGGAGACCUGCGAGACGUACGACUCUGCAAGAGCCAAAGUAGCUGCGAAUCUGCACUGGUUGUUUGUCAAGGCCUUUGGUCCAGAUGACAUUCCUGCAGAUCUGCAAGACCCAUUUUACACCGAUCAAUACGAGCAGGAGCACAUUAAGCCUCCUGUGAUCCACGUGCUACUGUCAGCGGAGCUGUACUGCAGAGUGGCUGACGUCCCGCAUCAUGAACAACACUCGUCCCUUCAACACCAUCAGUCUGUCCUCCAGCUGCUGUCCAGGAAAGGCGUCUACGUCCUGGAGGACAACGAGACUCUCGUCUCUGAACUGGACCUGUCUUCUGCUCCCAUUAAAAUGAGCUGCCACAUCCAGCUCAUCGAUGCCCUCAUCACAGCUUACACCGAGCAAAUGAUAAGCAUCGAAAAGGUGAUGUCAUCGGUCACCUGCUUUGUGGAACCCAGUGACUCUCUGUUGUCGCCUUUGGAUUUGGAAGACGCUAUGGUUUUAUGGAUCAACAAGGUGGUCAUGAAACUCAGGGGGUCGACACAAAAGGAGCCAAAACUUAAGCAUUUACUGGAUUCACCGUGUAAUCAGAAGGUUCGUUAUCGUAAAGAUCAACUGUCUGGACGUUCUCAGCAACACUUCCCUGUCUUAGACAACUUGUCCAGUUUUGUCAGUAUUGUGACGUCGCUGCUGGUCGUCGUUCACUUCUAUUGCCCCGAGCUGAUCAGACUCGAAGACAUCUGCCUCAGGGAGGUUCCCUCCACUGCUGAAAGUUUGUCAAAUAUUCAACUCUUGAUGGAAUUCUCCAAUGAAUUUCUGAACAAAUGUUUCUACCUCAGCCCUGAGGACAUUCUGUGUUCUGCUGCAGUGUUGAAGAUUAACAUAAUGCAGAUUAUUGCUGAAAUGUUUUGGAUUUUUGAAGUUGUGAAGCCUGACUUUGUGCAACCUCGUCAGGACAUUGUCAAGAACAAAGACGUAAGAAAAACACAAAGCUCAAAUUCACUGAAGCAAAGAUUUUGGUCUUCAAACUCCAUGGCAAAGUCCACUGGUCCUCAAAGAUGUUUGAAAGGCUCCAACUCAGCCGUUCUUCCACUGAGUCAGAAAGAGCACCGACUGAUCGAGGAUCACACUCUGGGACAGAGACACAGGUCCAGCUCACUCGGACAGAGUUCUACAGACUUUGCUUGGCCGAAGAAAAGGCAAAGGCCAUUAUCGCAGACAGUGCCUUACGCUCUACACUUCCCAAUGAAGGAGAACGCUGAUACGUUUAGCCUGGACCGCUCAAUGAGUAAAGACAGUUUAGCAACCAACUACAUGAGCACAACCCCAAUCGACGUGGCGGGUCCAGGACAUCCACGCAGACUGAGCGGUCAGAACCUGGCAAACUACAUCCGCUAUGAAGACGAGGAGGAGGAGAUUGAGGAGGAGGAGCUGGUUUCCAUCAUCAAUCCAACAACACUGUCUCGCCACCACUAUCGGAGCGGAACUGAGCAGCAGGACUCUCUCUCGCUGUCUCACUCCCUGCAUCCUUUCAGACCAAUGAACAAGCACAGUUCUUUUGGUUUGGAUCGAUGUCUUGCUUCCACAGAGCCGUCGAUGGAAAAAUACUAUCUAGAGCCUUUAAUGCCUGCAAUUCCAAAGCCAGCCAAAGAGAAAAGUGUGCAAGAGAAUAAGAGGGAGGAGUGUGGUGAGUCGAAAGGAGCAGUGAGAAAGACAUUUGCUAGCGGUGCUUCCUGUGGGGCGACUGCUGGUUUUUCGCUGAGAUCGGCCUCACAUGGCUCCACGGACGCUAACAGUCGCAGUAAAACAAAACAAUCGGACAAAUUGUUUCUUCACUUAAAAGCUGACAGACCUCUGACUUCUCUGGAGGCCGAUAAAGACUCUGAUGAUGAAUACUUCACCGAGGAGGACGAGCUGAAUGAGCCCGAAUCUCAAAGCUGUUACAGAAAAGAGUAUCGUCACUUUGGAGAAGGGGAAUCCAUGAAACUGGGAGAGGACCAACAAGACUGUGAGUGGGACGACAAAGAAGAUCACAGUGGGAGCUCCAGUCCGUGUCUCAGCUCUGCUUCAUGGUCGAGCAGCGGGGCCGGAGUCAAAAUGACGAGCUUCAUGGAAAAGAAGCUGUUGAAACUUGGACAUUAUGGUGAUCUUUCCAGUUCUAGCAGCACACCGCGGACCACACCAGACGAUUCAGAAGCUGCUCUGUAUCUACCCUGGCAGAUGAAAAAGAGUGGCAGCUCCUAUUCACUUGAACUCCUAGAGCUCCACAUGCAGCUGGAGGAAAGGAGACACACCAUCGAGAGUCAGAAAAAGAAGAUGGAGACUCACUCAGCACAACAACGACUCAAGUUAGGAAAAGCAGCAUUUUUAAACAUUGUCAAGAAGGAACCUGGGAGAAGUGACACCCUCCCAUUGCCCAUGAAACAGGGAUCCUCUGAGCGAGGAGCUUCCUCUCUAAGAGGACCGAAAGCACAGAACUGUUUGGAUGAUUCUUGUCUAGAGGUUUUGAAAAUGAAAGAAAAAUUAAAUGAAUGUGCACAGAUCAUAAAAACCACUGAGGUGUCCCAGGACUCAGGGCACUGCUCCCGCUCCAUUGAAGUUCUGAAUGAAGCUAUUGCUUCAAUACAGCAGCAGAUAAAGCAACUGUCUCUACAACAAGAUAUACUGAUCAAACACCGCUCUGUGCUUCCCCAUGACCCUCAGUCAGAUGUAAACACAACUCGAAACGCCACCACAAAAGAAAAUCCUCCCAGCGCCACCCCACAGAAAGACCCUCACUCCACUGAGUCCAAAGCUUUUGUUGUAAACUUUACGAAUGACGAUGACCGUAGCUUCGGCUCUUUGAGAUGUCCACCUAAACUCAGCUCCAGUCAGCGGAAAGCCUCCUUUCAAAAACAGAUGAAAAACACUGGAACAGAGAAAAGAGAAGCCGUUGUGUCCAAAAUGGAGCCAAACGUUAGAAAUUCCUUCAGCAUUUGUGAUGAUGCCCCAAAACAACGAGACACAUUUGAAUCUACACUACAGACAUCAGCCAACUCCAACAACUCUGCCGCCCGCGAAGACAGGAACAGACCAGACAUCCAGAGUCUUAGCUCAGAGGAAGACGAGGCUGUCGCGGACAACAGGACAAAGACACAUCUCAUUGAAGUAGAUCUGUCAGAGAUCAGGGAACAGACAGAUCAGAACUCUGCAGAUGGAGAAACUGAACAGAAGAAUGCCCUGGGAUUCUUUUUUAAGGAUGAAGAGAGAACAGAUGAGAUGGCAAAGCGCCGGGCUGCCUUUCUCAUCAAACAGCAGCGUAAAGCAGAGGAGGCAAAACUUCGCAAACUACAGCAAGAAGCAGAGAGCGAGCUGAAGCGAGACGAAGCCAGACGCAAAGCAGAAGAGGAUCGCAUUCGUAAAGAAGAAGAAAAGGCCAGGCGUGAGUUCAUAAAGCAGGAAUAUCUGAGGAGGAAGCAGCAGAUGCUCAUGGAGGAACAAGGCCUGGUCAAGUCUUUGCCCAGAAUAAGGCCCCAAAAGAACAGACACAGGUCUCUUCGUAAAGGAUCUACCAGCCUCUGCAAACAAGUCACCACAUCCGACCGAAGUGGGAGUCACCAUGGAUCAUCGCAAUCAUUGGUCACAGAGGCUGACAGUGUAUUGUCUAUGGAUUCUCAGCGCGCUGACUCGGUGUGUUCAGGGGACUCUUUCCCAGUUGUGAGCCGGGCAUCGAGCAGAAACAUGGAGAGAGACUGGGAAAUGGGCUCUAUCGCCUCUUCAGUCACUUCAACAGAGUACACGGGUCCAAAGUUGUUCAAAGAGCCAAGUUCAAAGUCAAACAAGCCAAUUAUCAUUAAUGCCAUCGCUCACUGCUGCUUAGCUGGGAAGGUCAAUGAAACCCAGAAGAACGUCAUUCUAGAGGAGCUGGACAAGUGUGAAUCCAACCACUUGAUCAUCCUGUUCCGAGACGGCGGGUGCCAGUUCCGAGCCAUUUACGGUUAUUCCCCGGAAACGGAAGAGAUCCUCAAACUGACAGGCACCGGGCCUCGCAGCAUCAGCCACAAGAUGAUCGAGAAACUCUACAAGUACAGCUCGGACAGGAAACAGUUCAGCAUCAUUCCCGCCAAGUCUGUGUCGGCCAGCGUGGACGCUCUGACCAUCCACAACCAGUUGUGGCACGCCAAGAGACCAGGAAGAGGAGCCGGGUGUGGUCAGGGCUGGGUGUUCUCAGAGCUGGGUGUUCAGAGCUGGGUGUGUUCAGAGCUGGGUGUUCAGAGCUGGGUGUUCAGAGCUGGGUGUGUUCAGAGCUGGGUGUUCAGAGCUGGGUAUUCAGAGCUGGGUGUGUUCAGAGCUGGGUGUUCAGAGCUGGGUGUGUUCAGAGCUGGGUAUUCAGAGCUGGGUGUGUUCAGAGCUGGGUAUUCAGAGCUGGGUGUGUUCAGAGCUGGGUAUUCAGAGCUGGGUGUGUUCAGAGCUGGGUGUGUUCAGAGCUGGGUAUUCAGAGCUGGGUGUGUUCAGAGCUGGGUAUUCAGAGCUGGGUGUGUUCAGAGCUGGGUGUGUUCAGAGCUGGGUGUGUUCAGAGCUGGGUGUGUUCAGAGCUGGGUGUUCAGAGCUGGGUGUGUUCAGAGCUGGGUGUUCAGAGCUGGGUGUUCAGAGCUGGGUGUGUUCAGAGCUGGGUGUUCAGAGCUGGGUGUUCAGAGCUGGGUGUGUUCAGAGCUGGGUGUGUUCAGAGCUGGGUGUUCAGAGCUGGGUAUUCAGAGCUGGGUGUGUUCAGAGCUGGGUGUUCAGAGCUGGGUAUUCAGAGCUGGGUGUGUUCAGAGCUGGGUAUUCAGAGCUGGGUGUGUUCAGAGCUGGGUGUGUUCAGAGCUGGGUGUUCAGAGCUGGGUGUGUUCAGAGCUGGGUAUUCAGAGCUGGGUGUGUUCAGAGCUGGGUAUUCAGAGCUGGGUGUGUUCAGAGCUGGGUAUUCAGAGCUGGGUGUGUUCAGAGCUGGGUGUGUUCAGAGCUGGGUAUUCAGAGCUGGGUGUGUUCAGAGCUGGGUAUUCAGAGCUGGGUGUGUUCAGAGCUGGGUGUGUUCAGAGCUGGGUGUGUUCAGAGCUGGGUGUGUUCAGAGCUGGGUGUUCAGAGCUGGGUGUGUUCAGAGCUGGGUGUUCAGAGCUGGGUGUUCAGAGCUGGGUGUGUUCAGAGCUGGGUGUUCAGAGCUGGGUGUUCAGAGCUGGGUGUUCAGUGUUCAGAGCUGGGUGUUCAGAGCUGGGUAUUCAGAGCUGGGUGUGUUCAGAGCUGGGUGUUCAGAGCUGGGUGUUCAGAGCUGGGUGUGUUCAGAGCUGGGUGUUCAGAGCUGGGUAUUCAGAGCUGGGUGUGUUCAGAGCUGGGUGUUCAGAGCUGGGUAUUCAGAGCUGGGUGUGUUCAGAGCUGGGUAUUCAGAGCUGGGGUGUGUUCAGAGCUGGGUGUGUUCAGAGCUGGGUGUGUUCAGAGCUGGGUGUUCAGAGCUGGGUGUGUUCAGAGCUGGGUGUUCAGAGCUGGGUGUUCAGAGCUGGGUGUGUUCAGAGCUGGGUGUUCAGAGCUGGGUAUUCAGAGCUGGGUGUGUUCAGAGCUGGGUAUUCAGAGCUGGGUGUGUUCAGAGCUGGGUAUUCAGAGCUGGGUGUGUUCAGAGCUGGGUGUGUUCAGAGCUGGGUGUGUUCAGAGCUGGGUGUGUUCAGAGCUGGGUGUUCAGAGCUGGGUGUGUUCAGAGCUGGGUGUUCAGAGCUGGGUGUGUUCAGAGCUGGGUGUGUUCAGAGCUGGGUGUUCAGAGCCAGGUGUUCUCAGGGUUGGGUGUUCAAGCUUGGGUGUUCAGAGCUGGUUAUUCAGAGCUGGGUGUUCAGAGCUGGUUAUUCAGAGCUGGGUGUUCUCAGGGCUGGGUGUUCAGAGUUGGGUGUUCAGGGCUGGGUGUUCAAGGCUGGGUGUUCAGGGCUGGGUGUUCAGAGCUGGUUAUUCAGAGCUGGGUGUUCAGAGCUGGGUGUUCUCAGGGCUGGGUGUUCAGAACUGGGUGUUCAGGGCUGGGUGAACUCCUUGUGGUCGUAG